GAAGCGGAAACACCGGCUCGCGACUCUGAUUGGCUCCGACCGGCCCGUUUUGAAAACGUUCUCUCGUUUGAAUACAGACGAGGGAGGGAGUAAAAGUCGCGAGCGUUUAACGGAGGGUGCCAGACAAAAUGAUCAGACAAGGGAAAAGCAAAACCCCCCGCCGACCGCCUCCCAAAAAAGCAAGCAGCGAGAAAGACCCAGUUGGGGUUUACUGUCGUGUGCGACCUCUCGGCGGUGAAGACGAGCAAUGUUGCAUCGAGGUGGUCAGCAGCAGCACCAUCCAGCUGCACGCACCCGAAGGCUUCAAAACAAACCGCAAUGGAGAGUACAAAGAGACACAGUACUCCUUCCAAAAAGUCUUUGGAGUAUUAGUAUCUCAAAUCGAGUUGUUUGAGAGUGUUGCCAAACCUCUCGUUGAUGACCUCAUCCAUGGAAGAAAUGGCCUGCUUUUUACAUACGGGGUGACAGGAAGUGGGAAGACAUUCACCAUGACUGGCUCGCCGGGCCUAGGUGGACUUCUGCCUCGGUCUCUUGACAUGCUCUUCAACAGCAUCGGGCCCUACCAGGCCAAAAGAUUUGUCUUUAAGUCCGAUGAUAAAAAUGGCAUAGAGGUCCAGAAUGAAGUUGAUGCCCUCUUGGAGCGGCAAAGGCGAGAAAAUGUGUGUGUUCCAAAAGUGGCCUCAUCCAGACCCAAGUUCGAUCCAGAAAUUGCUGACAUGAUUAGGUCGGCAGAGGCCUGUAAAACCGACAAUGUCGACGAGGACAGCAGCUACACCGUCUUUGUGUCCUACAUCGAAAUCUACAAUAACUACAUCUAUGAUCUUCUUGAGGAAAACCAGGAGGAUGCAAUUAGGCCAAAGUGGAAUGCUGGAGGCACACCUGUGCGUCAGAACACUGAGUUCAUACCACCACAGUCUAAAAUUCUCAGAGAGGACCAGAACCACAACAUGUAUGUUGCUGGAUGUAUGGAGGUUGAAGUCAAAUCUGCUGAAGAGGCGUUUCAAGUAUUUUGGAAAGGUCAGAAGAAGAGGAAGGUGGCAAACACCCGGCUGAACCGGGAGUCCAGCCGGUCCCACAGUGUUUUUAUCAUCAAACUGGCGCAGGCUCCUCUGGAUGCAGAUGGUGACACCAUCCUGCAGAACCAGGUGACCGUCAGUCAGCUGUGUCUGGUGGACUUGGCAGGAAGUGAGCGAACUGGCAGGACGGGGGCGGAGGGCACUCGUAUACGUGAAGCAGGAAACAUCAAUCAGUCUCUCCUGAACCUGCGAACGUGUAUCGAGAUUCUGCGAGAGAACCAGUUGUAUGGCACAAACAGGAUGGUUCCCUACAGAGAUUCCAAGGUCACCCAUCUAUUCAAAAACUAUUUUGAUGGAGAAGGCAAAGUCAAAAUGAUUGUCUGCGUCAACCCAAAGGCAGACGACUACGAAGAAACCUUGCUGGUGAUGCGCUUCGCAGAGAUGACGCAGGAAGUGGAAGUAGCUCGGCCAGUGGACAGAGCCAUCUGUGGCUUUACGCCGGGACGGCGCCAGAGAAACCAGGCUUUCAAAGAAGAGUUGUCUCGCAAGUUGCAGGAGCGUGGUGGGCCAAUCGACACAGACAUAUCGCCGGUUUUGAAUCUGCCAAUGCACAGCCUCCCUCCUAUCCCUUCCUCCGAAGUUACAGACGCUCACGAUGACAUCACUCUGCCAAGGCUAAUUGAGGCCCUGCAGAACAGACACAGAAUCAGACAGACCAUGUUAGAAGACUACAACAAAACAGCCACCACAAUGGCAUCUCUCCUACAACAGCUUGACAGCAAUAUUAAUUCCAAAGAGAAUCUCAUUCAUGAACAGAACAGCAAGCUCUUGGAAAAAGACAAGGUCAUCCAAAGCAAUACGGCAGAGAUUGAGCGACUGGAGAAAAAAGCAAAGAUGCUUGAACAUAAAAUUGACAUCCUUCAGAAAACGACCAAAAUCUACGAGGACGACAAGCGUUCCCUGCAGCAGGAGUUGGAAACAAGAGCGCAGAGGCUGCAGAGGGAGCUGUCUGAGAAGAGACGCAUGGAGCAGCGCAUGCACGGCGCGGUCACUGACACGCAGCACAAGUGGGAAAAAGAAUGCGAGCGACGGGUAAAUGCAAUGCAACAGGAGAUGCAGAACAAACUGUGGGUGAAAGACGAGAAGCUGAAGCAGCUUAAAGCCAUCGUGACCGAGGGCAAGACACCGGGCCGCCCUGAGCCCCCGCCCCGUCAGACACAACCGAAGCCGCCCCCUAAGGAGGAGCGAGUGCCCCUUCCCACAAAGAGAUCAGUCUCGCCCUCACCGACCACUUCGACGCCGGUUCGGCCCCUGCACCGACGGUCCCGCUCGGCAGGUGGGGAGAAGUGGGUUGAUCAUAAGCCCUCCUCUAGCGUGGACCUGGGCACAGUGCUGCAGCCCAUCGUCCCCAACGCCAUCAAAGUGUCUACACCCAAUGAGAAGGUGCUGUCCAAAUGCGACAGAUACGUGUUGACACACCAGGAAGUUGCCUCCGAUGGCGAGAUACAGACCCAACUCAUUAAGGGAGAUGUGAUGAAGACCAGAGGAGGAGGGCAGGCUGUCCAGUUCACUGACAUCGAGACUUUGAAACAGCAGCUCACCAAAAUCGAAGGGCGCAAGAGGAAAUCUUCAGAAGGAGAUAGUGGAGACCAAAAAGGUGGAGCUUCGACCAAUGUGGAGACGAGGUGCGCUGUGGGUAUGGAGAUGAGGGCCGGAGCCACCAUGGGACCUGGUCUCGAGCAUAAUUGCAUCACCAAACGCAGAAAACCAUGAAAGCAGCAAGUUGACUGCUCCAUUGACCAUCACUCCCUUCUACUCUCACCUUUUGUGCAAUAGUUCACUUUUUUUAUCUAUACUGAUAUUUAACAUGUGAAGCUUUUAUAUUGUGUGUACACAUCCAAAGCUGUUUAUAAAAUAUUUUUUUGUUGUUUGAACCAACAGACCUUGUGGUAUGUAGUUCAGUUUUGCAUGGCGUGUCUGUUCAGCUUGUGGUAGUUUCUGCAGUAUACAUCAUAGUCUACACAAUGACUUUUUUUUUUUAACUAGAGAUUUUUUUUUUCCCCGGGAGAAAUUGAACCCUGCAGUAUUCUCUGUUCUCAGGAAUAAAAUUCCUUCCCACCAGCA